GAGCGUGUACUCAAGGUUUGAAGUUCCCGGCGAAGCGUGAAAACUAUAGCUUCCUGAAAGUUUUCUCCGCCCGAGGCCUGGAAACCCUUGUUUUGCUCCUGCUAGGAAGUAUCAUGUUGACUGCUGUGCCUAAACCCUAAAAUCUUGGCUUUGGCUUUUGGAGUAAACUCACUUCUCGUUUGCGUUCUCGAGCCAGUUUUCCCUGAACUCUCGCGAGAUUGGCGGGCAUCACGAGAGCAGCCCGGGAGCCGGUAUCUCUUAGGAGUUGGUCUCUGCGCUUCGCGCCUUGGUUGCUUGGGGGCGCAGACUCAUCCGGGAGCGGGCCGAGAUCCUGGCAGCGAUGGAUGAAGACCUGAUUUUGGCACUGCGUCUUCAGGAGGAGUGGAACCUGCAGGUGGCAGAGUGCGAUCAGAUGCAAGAACCCCUGUCGCUGGUGGACGCGUCCUGGGAAUUGGUGGACCCCACCCCGGAUUUGCAGGCCCUGUUUGUGCAGUUUAACGACCGGUUCUUCUGGGGCCAGCUGGAGGCCGUCGAGGUGAAAUGGAGCGUGCGAAUGACCCUGUGUGCUGGGAUUUGCAGCUAUGAAGGGAGAGGUGGAAUGUGCUCCAUCCGUCUCAGUGAGCCCCUUCUAAAAUUGAGACCAAGAAAGGAUCUUGUAGAGACCCUCUUGCAUGAAAUGAUACAUGCCUAUUUAUUUGUCACUAAUAAUGAUAAAGACCGGGAAGGGCAUGGUCCAGAGUUCUGUAAACAUAUGCAUCGCAUCAACCGCCUGACUGGAGCCAACAUCACGGUGUACCAUACUUUUCAUGAUGAGGUGGAUGAGUAUCGGCGACAUUGGUGGCGCUGCAAUGGGCCAUGUCAGUACAAACAGCCGUAUUAUGGCUACGUCAAACGGGCUACCAACAGGGCACCCUCUGUUCAUGACUAUUGGUGGGCUGAGCACCAGAAAACCUGUGGAGGCACUUACAUAAAAAUCAAGGAACCAGAGAACUACUCAAAAAAAGGCAAAGGAAAGACAAAACUAGGAAAGCAGCCAUUAUCAGCAGUAGAGAACAAAGAUAAACCCAACAGAGGUGAAGCACAGCUAUUAAACCCUUUUAGCGGGAAAGGAUACAUUCUAGGAGAAACAAGCAAUUUACCAUUUUCUGAGAAAAUUAAUGGCUUGCAUACCAUUAAUAAAACCGAAGAUCUUUUAAGUCAAGAGCUUUCUGCAGAUGCUUUAAGACCUAAUUCUAAAAUUGAGGUAAAGUUUGAACAGAAUGGUUCAAGUAAAAAAACUUCUAAUUUGGUCUCCCCUGUUCUUAGCACCAGUCACCAAAAUGUUUUAAGCAACUAUUUUCCUAGAAUAUCAGUUGCCAACCAGAAGGCUGUCAGAAGUGUGAAUGGAUCUUCUCCAACAAGUAUAACAGUUGGUGACACCACUAAAAACUCCGUCUCUUCUAGUUCUCAGAGAAGGGUGACAUCUUCUAAGAUAUCGCUGAGAAAUUCUUUAAAAGCAGUGGAAUCAACAUCCGUGACUGCAUCCCAGGAAGGGAGUGGGUCUGAAGAUAAAGUCCUGAAUAAACGACCCAGGCUAGAAGACAAGACUGUUUUUGACAAUUUUUUUAUUAAGAAAGAGCAAAUACAAAGUGAUGGCAAUGAUGGAAAGUGCAGUUCACAUCCUGUAACCACAACUCAGAAUUCCAGUAGUUCAUGCAAUCAGAGCAAAAUGGUUAAUUGCCCGGUUUGUGGGAAAGAAGUUUUGGAGUCUCAAAUUAAUGAGCACUUGGACUGGUGUCUUGAAAGUGAUAGGAUUAAAGUCAAAAGCUGAAAAUGUCUUUAAAGAAUGAAUGAGUUUCCACAUACCUGUUUUACCUCACUCAUGCUGUCAGCCGUUUGGCAGUUUGGGGUUAAUGCUAAGAUUUGUAGGUUAUAAUUUAGUUCAUACAACCAAUACAAGAUGUUCUUUAACAAUAUUUUACAUCACAGUGUGCUACAUUCAAUUCUUGCCUUAGGUAUGCUGUAGCCCAGAGUUUGUUCUACCUGUAGACGUGUAUAAUUUUUAGGUACUUUUAUUCUUGCUCUUGAAGACUUUUAAAUCUGUUAAUCUUUUUAUUUAUAUACUUUCCUAAAAAUACUCAUGAGGAAUCCUGUUAGGUAUUUAUUUGAGUAUUUAUUUUUUAAUAUUAAUACUCAUUCUCUGGACUGAAUCAUCAUAGUUUCAGACAUACUGGCCAAAAACACUAGAGUACAAAGUAUGAGAGUUGUUUUAGGGCACACUAAGUUUUUGUUUUUCUGAGUUCCCCUCCACCCCUGAAACUUAACAGAAAAUAGAACUUUAUUUCUGUGCUCUACCUUUACUACACAGUGACAGCAGAUUUUAGAUUUUAGAUAAGGAAUGUAGUAAAAUAAGUAAAUUUCUUUUCGAAUAUUGCUAGCAACAAACAGCCACUAUAAUUCUGUGUACCGGAUUUUAUAUUGAGUUUAGCUGUUUUCUCAAAAUUUGGCAAAGUGAGUGGUUAAAACUUGGUGCCUAAGUAACUGAUACAUGUUCACAUACCAAAGUUGCCUAAUACAACAGUGGGAAAUUAUCUAGAAACAGUAUUAUGAAACUUAAGCCUAAGUAGAAACCCAUUAUAAUAAAAGAAAUACCCUUUGUGCACUUAAAAAAUAUAUUUCAUUUUUAAAGUGUUCUCUUUCAUGUUACAGGGAAGGAACAAAAAUAUUUUUUAUCAGUUUACUUUUUGUCUCAUGGCUGUACCUCCAGUAUGUUGGCAUAGUCCCAAGACCUUAGUUCACAAGUUUUUUUUGUUGUUGCAAUGUAGGUGCACAGAUUUUAAAUAUACAGCUGGUCACAGUUUUACAGAGUGUGCACCUGUAUACUACCCUGAUCAAGUUAGAAAACAUGUCCAUUGCCACAGAAGGCUUUCUAUAGGUGCCUCUCCCAGUUAGUACCUGCCACCCUCAUGACCCCCAAAGCUCACUGCUAUUCUCACCUCUGUUUAAUACCACAGAUUAGUUUAGCCUGUUUUUGAACUUCACAAAGUAGUGUCUUUGUACCUCUGUGUCUCAGAGAUUCAUUUUCAUUGCUGUGUACAGAAUUUUUUAUCCGUUCUAUUGUUAAUGGACAUGUGAAUUAUUUCCAAAUUGAGGCUAUUAAUAAUGCUAAGAAUGUUCUUACUCAUUUCUUUUGGGUAUGUACCUAAUUGCUACGUUAUAGGAUAUGUUUGUUUAGGUUUAGUAAAUACCUCCAGUUAACACCCUAACAGCAGUGUGUGAGAGCUGCAGUUGUUUACCAUCCUCAACAUUUUAGCCCAGUUGGAUGUUUACAAGUUUUGAUAUUUCUUAAAACAUGAAAUUAAAAAAUUGUAUUUAAUAAAUAUUUAUAAAUGGCUAUUAAAACGUGUGUAUUAUGUUGAAUAUAUAUGCAGUUACACUUCCCUAGAGGAGCAUUUUCUCCAGUUCAACAAACUAUGGGUAACUAAGUAACUUAUUUUGAGCCCAAACCACAUAAAGUUCUGGGGCUAUGAUGUAACAAAGAUGGUCCAUAUCCUCAAGGAGCUUUAAAGCCUAGUUAGGGAAAGCAACAGAAGCAGAUGAGUCUUGGUGUGGUUUGGUAAGUUCUGUGAGAAAGGUUUCUGCUGGGUGCUGGGGAAACUAGGAGACAAUAUCCAAACUGAAUCUAGGGUGCGUCAAGUUAGUUUAAAGAAAAGGAACAGAAGGCAUUGGAAUAGACCAGUGUGUUCUAUUGGGGGAACUAGAAAAUGUUCCAAAUGAAUAGUGUAUAAAAUGAGGGGCAAAAUGGCAAAAGGAGAAAUACUGCAGGUAAGACUUGCUAAGGUGUAGAAUUUUGAGGGACCAUAUCUAUCAUGUUCUUCAUUCCCUGUCCAGUUUGUGUAGAGCCUGCUAGCAAGCAUCUGUUGAUUCAGGCAGAGAGAGCUUGGUGAAGGCUUUUAAACCAGCCAAGGACAUGUUGAGAAACGUUUCCGAUGGGUUCUUCCUGAGGCAGCGCUGAUGGGAGGAAGAGGAAGGGUUUGAGAAACAUUAGGCAGUUGAGUCAGGAGUCACGUUCAAGUCAAGAGGGAUGAUGAAAAAUACCCGUUAGCAAGUAAAUGGAAAUUAACUUGAAAGUGAAGUCUUUUACUUCAUCUGUGUUAAAAACUUUUGAGAAAAUUUGCACCCCAGGAAUUCAUUCUUUCCCCAAAUCUGAGUCAUUUAUAGUCAAAUGGUUUUCCAUUUUGUUUUAAAGCAAACUUAGCUUAACAGCUUGUAAUUCUGGUACAAGCCUUUAAAUGCUAUUCCCCGUUAUAGUGAGAUGAGGUACAGGUUCUGUUUCUAUAAAAACUUGGUGCUCUUUAAAGUCAGAGUUACGCAUUACCUAGAAAACUAUGACCUCAGAACAUUUUGCUUUGUGAACUAUAAAUGGAUAUCCUAACUGGAAGUUCUAAGUAGAUGGGAAAAAUACUAUGACCAAAAAUCGUUUUUCAAAGCUUACAGGAUUUUUAAAUAGAGUGUCAGAAUGAAACAGCUGACAUCUAUUCCUGCAAAAAUCUAGCUGAGACCCUACUGUGCCCUGUUUUAUUUCUUUUUGUGGUUGGUUAAUCCUGGUACUUAAUAAUCCUGAGCCAAUGGCUUCCUGUUAUUCUUUAUCUUGAUUUUUUUUUUUUUUGUCCUUAAGGCUACUGUUGCCCUUUUAACAAUUUGUUGUUGACGUAUCAGCAUAUCCACCAAGUGAAGUGAAACUUUAAUAUGACAAUUAAAAAUUAAAUCAAGUAGGGAGUUGAAACUAUCGGAAAAAGAUACAAUGUGGAGGUUAGGUCUGGCUUUAAUUUUUCCUAUAUUCCACUAAAAUGUUAGAAAUUACAUGAUUAGAUACUUCAUCCUAAAGUAUCUUUUAAAAUGAAAAGUAAAAGACUUUAGGAUCUCAAGUAACUCUGGAGCCAUCUCAUUAUUAAAAUUGUUAUAGCUGUCUACAUUGUACACUAUAGUUCAGAAACAAGCUGCUGUUUACUUGGUUUACUGAAGCCACCAGAGGAUU